UAAAUCCCUUUUUGUUGAGUGUUUUUUUGUCUAAUUGUUGAGUGCGCACAUAUUGCAGUUCGGGACUGGAGAGGCAGGUAGUCCCCGCCUCGCCUCUCCUUUUGUGCACCUCCUCCUUCAAGUGUUUCCCCGUGUGUGGAGUGGAGGCGAAACACUGCCGCAGUUUGGAUUAAGACACGCAAAGAGAAUAGACACGGGGCCGGAUCGUCGUGGAGACUUUCCGCGUGAACGGACGCUCACCGCGGUUGUGUUUAUGCAGAAAGUUUGGAUACAUAGUUUGGACCCGAACAUAUAUCCCGCUUGGAUUUGAUUCGUCGUAAAGGAGUUCCAAGCCCUGGAAUUACCAUGUUGUUUAAUCUCGUGCUCCUCUUCCUCUCCUCAAGUCUGGUUUUAUCCAUCGAGUGCCCAGAAGAUUGUACUUGUAACAGUCCAGGAUCAAUAUUCUGCAUCGUUCGACGGUCCACCACUGUGCCCCGGGUUCCAUCCAGCACCAUCAAUCUUUACAUCUUCCAAAACGGCAUCAAUGCUCUGACCCAAAACGACUUUGUGGGUCUUGGAGACUUGGAUUUGCUAGAUCUAAGCCAGAAUGAGCUGAGAGAGGUUCCAGACGGUGUAUUCAAGAUGCUGUCGAAGCUGAAGAACUUGGACCUGUCCUCCAACUUCAUCACUCACAUUUCCAAAGAGAGCUUUUCUGGCUUGGUCCAGCUGGAGAGACUGUAUCUCCACCAAAAUCACAUCCAGAGCAUCCAACGAGAAGCUUUUGAAGGUUUAGAAAUGCUACUGGAACUCAAGCUCCAAGGGAACGAACUCAUAUCUUUGCCGUCUCUUAAUUUACCCAGGCUUCUGCUUCUAGACCUGAGUUACAACAACAUCCCCACCUUGCAUGUCUCAGACCUUCAGACACCCCACUUAGAAACCCUGAAAAUGGCGUCUCUCGGGCUUGUUUCUCUAGAUGAAGAUCUUGUUGCUUUUCUAGGGAACCUCCACGAGCUAGACAUCUCCAUGAACCAACUCACAGCGGUUCCCCAAGCCCUAAAGAAGGACUCCCUAAAGGGCUUGAUCAAGCUCAAUCUGGCUGCCAACCCACUGGGUGAGCUCAGGACAGAAGACUUUCAGAAACUCACCGGGCUCCAAGAAUUAGAUCUCAGUGGUCUCAAUCUUCAGGGCUUUCCCCAAGACUUUUUCCAGUCUUUCCCCAAACUUGUACAUCUGGCAGCAGCUGAAAAUCCAUUUAAUUGUUUGUGCCCCCUCGCUUCGUUUGCGGUUUGGCUGAAAGAGAAGAAUAUAAAUCUGGGGAGGCUUAGGGAGACCAGGUGCCACUUCCCUCUAGCUAAUGCCGGGAAGAUGCUUUCAGCACUGGACCACACAGAUUUUGGCUGUCCACCGACCACAACUUUACUGAUGAAAUCACUCAUGGGGAGUACUCCAGCGCCACAGGAUCCUACGACAUUCCAAGAAACAACCCAUACCAAUGCAAUUCCUCCUCCUCCGCCACCACCAAGUGAACAAAGCCUGGACUCAAAAACAGACCCGCUUCCAUCAGAGGUUACCGCCUCUCCAAGCUUCACUAGUGGGAAAUAUGACCAGCACAUCUGUCCACCAAAUAUUUGUCUCAACGGUGGCAUUUGUAACUUUGACCCAAUAGGGCAACUGGGGUGUCUGUGUCCUUCAGGAACAUCUGGACUCUACUGUGAAAAUGUCGACAACACUACGGAACCACCAAAACCUCUGGGAACAGAAGUGUCUGUUGAAGAGUCCACGCUUCGUGCAGAACUUGAUGCCAUCAGCUCCCGCCAAGUGACCUCCACCUCUAUUCUUCUCGAUCUGCACCUCUUCAUUAAGACACGACCAAAUAUCCGUGGCAUCAGGCUGACCUACCGCAAUCUCUCUGGCCCCGACCGCCGCCCCAUUAUUUUGAGCGUGCCGGCAUCCUAUCCGGAGUACACCCUGCGUGGACUCAGACCCAACUGUACCUACUCCGUCUGCGCGAGCCCUCUCGGGGAGAGAAUGACCACAAGGGCAAACAGCUCAGUGGAGACGGGGUCAUGUACAGAAGCUCGGACGGCAGGGGUUCCUCUGGCAUCCUUAGAACCCCGAGUGGAGACUCAAAGCUCACUCAUGAAUACUCUCAUUCCUGCAAUAGCUGCUCUGGCACUGGUGCUGGGGUUGGCAUUGGUGGUCUGUCUGAUCAUCUGUCUCCGGAAGAAGAGGCAGCGUAAAGCGGGAAUGGAGCUCGAGCUGGGUCCUGCAGAUCCUGACGAUUCAAUGGAAGUGGACGGCAUCAAGGCAUGUCCGGAAGAUGGGGGAAACGGCCCACUACCCCACAAACAGACAGAAACUGACCGUUGUCACACUCGACAACCAGCCACAUCGUUGCAACAAAACGGCAAUUUGGACUAUCAGGUCCCACUGAUGGAAGGCCACUCCCCCUCAAAUAACAGUCGAUCAUCCCUAAAGCCAUCGUAUUUUUAAGAUGCAAUAAUAUAUGAACACUUUGGAAGCCCUGCCCAUCACCUGCGUAGUGGUUUCAGCAUUCUGAGGUUUUGUCACAGUUUCAAUGCGGCACUUUUCCUUUGUUUUGUAAGACGAUACCACUACUGACUGGAAUGACGAUUCAGACAACAACGAGUCGCACUCACAUUUGCAGCAUGUUGGAAAUGAGCCUAGUCAGGACGGGACAACAAGCAGGCUGCAGUUUUCAAAUGGCUUUGGAUGGUGAGAAAAAAAGCCAAUCAAGUGAUGUAACAAAGUGCAAUUGACAAGAAAAAGUCCAAUCGGAAAAGUGCCAUUAUUUUUAACAUGGACACAGCCUUUGAUAAUGGUUUGUUUUAAAACUGUUUCUUGUUCAGGAAACAUUGAAUGAGUUGUAAAUCUGUUGCUGGACUUGGAAGUGAAACUGGAGGGAAGCGCAGCUAUUCAUGAUACAAAAAAAAAAUACAUUUGAAGUUUGACACAGCUGCAUUUAAAUCAGAAACUGAAGAGACUCUGCUAUUUACUUUUCACCGUUUCCAUCAUGGAGUACGACUGAUGGUCUGAUAAAGCUUUGAAUCAUGUCACCAGACUUACUGAUGACAUUUGUGGAUCGAAACUUCCAAGCAUACCAAGUGUAUUCUGUCAAAAUACCCAUCUCUUCGCCCAGCCGAUUGCUUUUGGGUUGGAUGGCAGCUCAAAGGCUGACGGACUCAACACAGAGGCAUCGGGUCUGUCCACACGGCCGUGCCGUGGACAGGAAGGCCGGUUUGUGUGGCCGAUGUUCCGAUUCAUUGUUGUUGUGACAUUGUUUUCUGUCAAUUAAUUCAGUUAUUUUGCUGUUAAUUGUGAUUUGAAACGAUACCGAUUUGGAUAGACAAAAACAUGCUUCCUACGCAUGAUUGUCAAAAUUAUUUGCGACGGAGGCUGAGAUGAAUGUCACUCGAGAAUAGCAUUCAGGUAGCUGACAGUUUGGGACAAAACAAUAUGUUCAUCUUUUGUGUGUGUGUACAGUGGUACCUCUACUCACGAAAUUAAUUGGUUCUGGAAGAAAUUUUUUAACGAGAAAA